AUUGGCUCUUGUACUGCUAACUGCUCUUAAUCUCUCUUUAACAUCUAGAUGCUUUGGACCUCCACAUCCCGCUCACUAUGAUCCCGGACACACCCAGGAUCUUGCUGAUUGACUCGUAUGAUUCGUUCACGCACAAUUUGGCUGCUUUAUGUCGGCGCUCUAUUCCUGGAUGUAUCGUCCAUAUUAUCAAGAACAACACUAUCCCUUUCUCCGAUUUGAGUUCGGUCCUCGACCAGUUUUCCGCCGUCAUCGUCGGACCCGGCCCAGGCUCACCUGACAGGCACGAGGAUAUCGGCAUCGUUAGGAACAUCUGGAAGCUUGACGAGGCACACAUCCUCCCUGUCUUCGGUGUCUGUCUUGGGCUGCAAAGCCUCGCCAUAGAAUUCGGAGGAACGCUGAAGCGCCUGGCUGUCGUAAAGCAUGGGCAGAUUUCCACCAUCCUUCACGAGGGCAGUGAAAUCUUCAAGGGCGUGGGACCAGUGGAGGCUGUCCGGUAUCAUUCUCUGCACGUCUCCCUCAACGGCGACGAACCUCUGGAAGCCCUCGCAUGGGCAGACGAUGACGAAGAGAAUGGACGCGUCCUCAUGGCCGCUAAACACACCUCCAAACCUUUCUGGGCUGUGCAGUACCAUCCCGAGUCUGUAUGUACCUCCGGCGGCGGCGGCGAAGUCAUCCGCAACUUCUGGAGGCUCUCGAAACUUUGGUCAACUAUCAACAGUCGGGAGGUACAGCCAUGGAGUGAAGCUACCGAAAGCCUGGUUGGCCGCCCUUGGCCGCACAUUCAUACCAUUCCAUCUUCUCGCUCACCAUCUCCGAACAUCACGUGUAACCUCACGACCCACAUACUGGAAUGUCAAAGUGUCUCUAUCCCUAGACUGUGCGAGGUCCUGGGAGUUGAAGAAGAAUCUUCGGAUUUCGUUCUGCUCGACUCGGCCGCACAGCCAGGCCACUACACGAUCAUCGGCUGUCUUCACUCCUCGAGCCCCAGGAUCACAUACCGAAUUGGCGAGCCUCAUGUUCGCGUCACAACAGACGGCGUCGAGCGUCUGGAGGAUGUGGGUAAAGAUGUCUGGACGUGGCUCGCGGCUUUCAUGCAGCCUCGGAAAGUGCGAGGUGGCGGCGAGAAAGAUGUCCCGUUCUGGGGCGGACUUAUCGGCUUCUUGAGCUACGAGCUCGGUGUGGACUCCCUCUGCCCUUCCCUGCAUCCGCGCUUGGUCGCCGAACAUGCUCAGCAUCCGGACGUCAACCUUGUCUUUGUGGAGCGGAGCAUUGUAUUGGACACAAGGGCUGGACGGGUCUACAUACAGUCUCUGUUACAUGAUGACGAGGAAUGGCUGUCCACCGUCGCUGCGCUCGUGCGACAUGUGGCACUUAUCCAAGUACCUGCGGAGGACAGCCCUGGCCGGAAAAGAAGAAAGAUGUUCCAAACACGGCCAACAGUCGUCCUCCCCGCCAAAGACACCUAUAUCGAGCGUAUCCGUCGGGCGCAAGACUACCUCGCUUCCGGUGACUCUUACGAACUCUGUCUGACUGCGCCAACGCGGAUCUCAGUGUCCGCGACCGCUGGCGGCGACCCCGGACGCUCAACAUCCUGGGACCUGUACAAGACAUUGCGCAGGCGUAACCCUGCGCCCCACUCUGCCUAUCUCAGGCUUCACCCUUCAACGCUUCUGGGUUCAUCUCCAGAACGCUUCCUGUCCUUUUCGCGGCCACCCGCGGGUGUAUGCCAACUACGACCGAUCAAGGGAACUGUGCGUAAGGCACCAGGUAUCACACGAGCUGUCGCAGAACAAAUGCUUGCCGGCAGCAUCAAGGAGGUGGCUGAAAACCUCAUGAUUGUAGACCUGAUACGCCACGACCUGCACGGGGUCGUUGGGGACGACGUGGUGGUGCCGCAAUUUUGCGGUGUGGAAGAGUACGGGACGGUGUGGCAGCUUGUGAGCGUCGUGGAGGGACGGCUUCCCAUAGGAACAGAACUUGAUGACGGGUUCGAUCUUGGGUGGGAUGUCUUACGACAGAGCCUGCCUCCCGGGAGCAUGACGGGCGCACCAAAGAAGCGUAGCGUGGAAGUUCUAGCGUCGCUAGAAAUGGAGCCGCGGAACGUGUACUCUGGUGUCUUUGGCUACUGGGACGUCGGUGGCGGCGGUGACUGGUCGGUCACGAUCCGCAGCUGUUUCAAGUACGCCUCCGCAGAACGUGCGCCCGGCGACGGUGUGGCGCAGACGGUGGUGGAAUGGGCUCUCGGUGCCGGGGGCGCCAUCACUGCUCUGUCAGAUCCAGAGGCUGAGUGGGAGGAAAUGAUAGCAAAGGUGGAAAGCGUCCUGCCGGCGUUCAGCGCCGCGGCAUGACCUGCGGUUGCCAAGUGUGUAAAUGGGCGCAGAUCGGCCUCAUCGUCGAGCUCUGUGUUUCCUGUCCUGUACCCAGCCUGCGUUCAACUGCAGUGCGAUGCAUGUAUUCUCGUAUGCAACUACUGGGAUUUGC